GCCCUUCAUUGCCAGUCAUGGCUAAUAUUAUCUAUGUAGAUGACCGUGAUAACACUAUAACCUACUCACCAUCAAAUGGAUGGGAAUUAGGUGGUGUGAAUCGGGAAUAUGACAACACCACUCAUGGUAGUAUCCUUGUCGGGACACCAAUGGAAAUAUCUUUUGCUUUUCAAGUCCAAGGUACCCGUGUUAUGGUCUAUGGUACUAUUGCCCCUGCGAAAGAUAACAAUAUCAUACCUCCGGUGUCUUACUAUAAGGUGGAUAAUACCCCAGCGGUGACAUAUACUGCCCCAGCCAUACAAAAUACUCAAUAUCACCAGCAAUUCUAUGACUCGGGGAACUUGGCCGAUGGUGUACACACUGUAAUCAUCAACCCCCUCACGACUCAAAAUAGUACUUUGUGGUUUGAUUACUACACGUACUUGCCUUCGUCAGGUAAUUCGGCACCCUCUUCCUCCCCUUCAUCUUCGACCUCAGCAAUAUC